CAAUACUACUCCUCGAAGCCAUCAAACCAGACUCCCCCAAAACCCUCGCCACAAAAGCAAUCUCUUUUCUAUUUUUCCCCACUCUCCUGCAAAAAUGUUUCGAUCCGUUGCUAGAUCGGCCGCCGGUAAGAACCUCCUCCGACGAGGAUAUGCAACCGCCGUACCUGAACGGAAAGUCGCUGUCUUGGGCGCAGCUGGAGGGAUCGGCCAACCCUUGGCUCUCCUCAUGAAGCUUAACCCUCUUGUUUCUCAACUGGCUCUCUAUGAUAUCGCUAACACUCCCGGUGUUGCCGCUGAUGUCAGCCACAUCAACUCUAGAUCUGAGGUUGCCGGAUAUGUAGGUGAAGAGCAAUUGGGGAAAGCUUUAGAGGGAUGUGAUGUUGUCAUCAUUCCAGCUGGGGUGCCUAGAAAGCCCGGUAUGACUCGUGAUGAUCUUUUCAACAUUAAUGCCGGAAUCGUCAAGGGUCUAUGUUCUGCAAUUGCUAAAUAUUGCCCCAAUGCACUUGUCAAUAUGAUCAGCAACCCUGUCAAUUCAACUGUUCCUAUCGCAGCUGAGGUUUUCAAGAAGGCAGGGACAUAUGAUGAAAAAAAGUUGUUUGGCGUAACCACCCUUGAUGUGGUUCGGGCUAAGACUUUCUAUGCUGGGAAGGCUAAAGUAAAUGUUGCAGAUGUUAAUGUCCCUGUUGUUGGUGGUCAUGCUGGAAUUACCAUUCUCCCACUAUUUUCUCAAGCCACACCAAAAGCCAAUUUACCUGAAGAGGAUAUCAAGGCUCUCACAAAGAGGACACAAGAUGGAGGCACUGAAGUUGUGGAAGCCAAGGCUGGAAAGGGUUCAGCAACAUUAUCAAUGGCCUAUGCUGGAGCCAUUUUCGCUGAUGCUUGCCUUAAGGGACUGAAUGGCGUUCCCGACGUAGUGGAGUGCUCAUUUGUGCAGUCAACUGUCACUGAACUCCCUUUCUUUGCUUCCAAGGUGAGGCUUGGAAAGAACGGUGUCGAGGAAGUUUUGGGGUUAGGCCCUCUCUCUGAGUACGAGAAAGAAGGGCUGGAGAGCCUCAAACCAGAACUUAAAUCAUCUAUUGAGAAGGGGAUCAAGUUCGCCAACCAGAGUUAAACCUGAACUACUUAUGAUUUCUUCCAUUAGCCCAAUCCGAAAUUCUUAAAAAGUUUUUUUUGUGUUACUGUUGUAUUUCAUGCUGCAAGCAGCAUCGGCUUUACUGAAUAGGAUAGGCCCUACAUACCAUCAAGUUUUCAAGUAAUAAUUCCCAGUGACCUGUUACAAAGGAGGGUUUGGUUUUAAAAAAAAUCUAUUUUUCCAGUUUAGUUGGGGUGUUCCAUUCAUUUAACUAUAUAAAUUAUGAAAUCACAUUUGCUCUGGGGAAA